AUGUCGAAGGUAGCAGCACGCUUGUCAAGUUGUGUGUCGGUGAUUGGAAUUGCAACAUGUUUCUUUUACAUUCCUUAUCUGAUGAGACGUAUGAAAGAUAUCCGUGGUACACUGGCUGUUCAAAUGGAUCUCUUUCGCGUAUUGGAGCAAGAAGUAUGGAGUGAAAUGACAAUUACUUUUGAUAGCGUGCCACACAGCCGCAAAGAACGUCAAUUAACACCAAUUUGCAACUGUGAUACUGGUAACCGAUGUCCACUAGGACCACCUGGAAGACCCGGAUCCCCGGGAGCACCUGGCGUUCCAGGACAUCCUGGCCAACGAGGAGAACCAGGUUUACCGGGAAUUGUACCACCAACGAUUUUUCAGCCUGCGGUCGGUUGCAAAGAGUGUCCGCCCGGGCCAGUUGGACAACCAGGUCUACGAGGACCAAUGGGACCACCCGGUAAUAAAGGACCAGCAGGCAAUCAGGGACAAGAUGGCCGUCCGGGCAGCAGCGGACCACAAGGAGCUCCUGGACUUGCAGGCCGACCAGGACAUGAUGGCAAGCCAGGUCAGCCAGGUCCACCAGGAAAUGAUGGAGUGGUUGGACGUAAAGGACCUCGCGGACCACCAGGUCCAGCUGGACAAGUCGGACCGAAAGGUCAACCAGGACUUCCCGGUAAUCCAGGACAACCAGGACAACGUGGUUACGAAGGACAUCGGGGAGAUCCCGGAAGUAACGGUGCACCAGGUUCGCGUGGACCACCAGGAAUUCCAGGGCCACCAGGUAUUCCAGGAAAGGAUGCAACGUACUGCCCCUGUCCGAAAAGAGCAAUGUCUGUGCUUAUUAAAACAGCUAAAACGAAAGUUUAA